AUGACCGAUUAUGAAAUUGAUGUGGACAAGCUGAUCCAACUAUGGAUCGCACAUGGUUUUAUCCAGGAACAAAAAGAAGUCCGUCCUGAGACAAUUGGCCAAUGGAUUUUCAAUGAGCUGGCCUCAAGGUCAUUCUUUGUGGAAGUGAAGCAAGUCCGAGUCUCAUUCAACGAGCGUAGUAGGAGGGAUAAUUAUUCCAAGCAUACAUGUAAAAUCCACGAUCUGAUGCAUGAUGUUGCACUAUCUACAAUGGAAAAAGAAUGUGCUCUCGCACCUGAGAAGCCAGGUCAGACUGAUUGGCUUCCAGAUACAGCUCGCCACUUACUUUUGUCUUGUGAAGAACCAGAAAUUAAUUUGAAUGAUUCUCUGGCGAAAAUAUCUCCAGCAAUGCAGACACUUCUGUGCGAUAGGAAAAUGAAACAUCCACUGCAGCAUUUAUCAAAAUACAGCUCUUUGAAGGCAUUACAGCUCUAUACAUGGAGCAGGGUAUUCCCCUUGAAAUCAAGGCAUCUGCCGCACUUAAGGAACCUUGAUAUCUCAAACAGUGGUAUUGAAGCACUUCCGGAAGAUAUUAGCAUUUUAUAUAACCUGCAAACAUUGAAUGUCUCUGGCUGCUAUCAACUUUGUCGGCUUCCAAGGCAGUUGAAGUAUAUGACUGCCCUCCGUCAUCUCUACACUCAUAAUUGUCCAGGGAUGAGGAACAUGCCUGGUGAUCUAGGAAAACUCAUGUCACUACAGACACUUACAUGUUUUGUAGCAGGUCCUGCUGGCUCUGAGUGCAGUGGUGUUGGAGAGUUGCAACAGUUAAACCUUGGUGGUGAGCUGCAGAUACAUCAACUAGAGAAUGUGACAGAAGAAGAUGCAAAAGCAGCAAAUCUCAAAAACAAGAAGGAACUUCGAGAAUUGUCAUUAAGAUGGACCGUUGGUGGUAGGGAUGAUGCAAGAGUGCUCGAGGGUCUCGAACCUCAUGAUGGGCUGCAGGCUACAAGGAUAGAAUCCUACGGAGGCACCACCUUUCCAACAUGGAUGGCUAUCUUGCUAAACAUGGUUGAGAUCCAUCUUUCCGAUUGUAAAAAACUUCAAUGGUUAUUCAGUUGUGGCACAUCCUUCACUUUUCCAAAUCUGAAGGAGUUUACACUACAAGGUCUGGAUUGUUUGGAAGGAUUGUGGGAAACAACAAAUGAGGAGAAAGACAUACUGUUUCCUCAGCUUGAGAAGUUGUGUGUUACAGAUUGUCCAAAGCUGGCAAUGAAUGCUAAAUGGCCAAAGCUGACCGUGUUAGACUUUGAGGGAGGCGAGGAAGAACUAUUCCUGUGGUUAGCUAGAUAUUUGACUUCGUUGACCAAUCUGAAGCUGCAGAACCGUAAAAACACGGAAACAACCUCGGUAGCGGUGGGUGAUCAUAGUUAUAGUACACAAGUGGUGAACGCCAGGGAAAAAUGGAAUCAUCAUGAUUUCCCUCUGGCAGAGAUGAGCUUAAAUGGCUUAAAGUCAGGUGUAACCGAGCUAUGUGCAUGUUUUGUACAGCUUCAGCACUUGUACAUUCGUGAUUGUGCUGCACUUGUCCACUGGCCAGAGAAAGAGUUCCAAAGCUUGGUGUCAUUGAGGACUCUACAGAUUAGAUACUGCAAACAACUGGUUGGAUGCGGAGAUGCUCCUGCAGCUGAGCCAUCAACAGUAUCAGAACCCUCGAGUCAGCCCCUGCCACAUCUCAAGUCUCUCGAGAUAUGGGGUUGUGAAAGCAUGGUAGAGAUCUUCAAACUCCCUGCAUCCCUGAGGAAUAUGAGAAUUGAGGAUUGCAGUAAGCUCAAAUCCAUAUUCAGCAGGAGUCUGCAGAGUGGAGAGUCAGCAUCAUCGAUUCUUGAAGGGUCACCUGUACAUUCAGAGGUGACAUCACCAUCAGCCGUAGCCAGGGUGAAACAUUUUCGCUUUCCAUGUUUAGAAGAGAUAUUGAUAUCACGGUGUGACGGCUUAACAGGGGUCCUCGGUCUCCCCCCAUCCCUCAAGGAAAUUACCGUUUUUAAGUGCUGCGAGUUGAGAUCAGUGGAAUCUCACUCUGGAGAGUUCCCAUCGUUGGAGAGCCUUUCUAUUGUAAAUUGCAAAAGCCUGUCAUCCCUACCUGAUGGGCCGCAAUCAUACGCAUCUCUCCGGUCUCUUAGGAUUCGAAACUGUCCUGGUAUAAAGAUGCUCCCUACAGGCCUGCAACAAUGUCUAAGCAGCCUCGGGUACAAAAGUCUAGAUGCAAGCUAUCAAGGUUAUCUACCGAAUUACCGCACUGAUCCGCACAUGGUCGUCACUAACUCCGGUGGCAGCCAGGGAGCUUAUGGUUACUGGCAGAUCCCACCACUGCUGCCCCUGCACCGAGCUCCCCACCCCAACUACCUCCACCGCACCGGCCCCCUCCACCGCCCCUGCGCCAGCCCCCUCCACCGGCCCUCCGCCGCCCCUGCGCCGGCCCUCCACCGCCCCUCCACCGGCCCCCUCCACUGCCCCCUCCACCGGCCGCCUCCACGGGCCCCUCCACCGGCCCCUCCACCAGCCCCCUCCACCGGCCCCUGCACUGAUAGACUAGGCUCCUCCAGCAGCAAGGACACACAUCAAUUUGACAUUGGAAGGGUCGUGGCAAGGCUUUUUGCUGGAGGGACAACCAUUGCCGAGCACACUUCGAGGGCAAAAAGGGACCCUAUGAGAGCCGAUUUGAAAGAUUUUGCCAUAGGCUUCACAUGUUCCGCCAAGAAAUUGAAUGCUUACGAUGUGAAUGGGUAUCGCUUUCAUACCCAUUGUUACGACAUGAGCCGGCCCGGUGUAAAGACAAUAAACAGCGGGGUCGAAACACUAGGGUCAGAUGGACUUUACUACUAUGGUAGAGUCGAGGAAAUGAUCGAGCUGGAUUACGGUUUGGGCGACUGGCAAAACCCUGUUGUAUUCAGAUGCCAUUGGUUCGACCCAACCAGAGUCAGGCGGCACCCAGACAUAGGAUUGGUCGAAAUUCAGCGAGCAUACAAGUAUGACGGAGAUGAUGUCUAUAUUUUGGCUAACCAGGCCAAGCAGGUAUUCUAUCUACCAUAUGCAUGCCAAACUGUGAAGAACCUGAAGGGCUGGGAUGUUGUGAUCAAUGUACCCACGCAUAGUAAACCAGCUGCUCCAACCGAUGAAGAUUACCAACGCAUAAAUCCUAACACAUAUGAGGGUGAGUUCUAUCAGGAAGAUGGGCUCAUAGGAGAAUUUUGUAUUCACUUGCCCACUGACGACGAUGAAAUGGAAGUAGACGGUGAGCAAGAUGAAGAUGAUGGCAUGGAAGGAGGCGAUGAGCCAGAUGUUGAUGAAAUCAUUGAAGACCCCAUGGACCUGAAUUUACUUGAACGAGUCCGUCUAGGUGAAGACGAUGAGUCAGACGGUCCACCUCCAGACUACGAUUCAAGACGGUGGGACGACAUGCGCGACAGCGACGAUGAAACUCCCGGGCCAACUGAUGAUCCAAACGAUGAGGACUAUGACUUUUGA